AUGUCCUCUACACGUCCAAAGCGUUCGGCGAGGCUUUCGAACGGUGACAUGAGGUAUACCCCAUUUGUUGACGAGAGAGGUCGGCAACACGAGCCUGUAGAUAAGAGCCGGGAUUAUAUACCGUCAGACGGUGAAGACGAAAUUCCCACCCUGUCACCUCCGUCUCCAAAGCGCAGGAAGAUACAGGCGAGUGUGACUGUUCGGGGAGCACGAGGCGAUAGUGUGGAGGUCCGGAUACCCCCACGCGUUGCACCAGAUGUCGCACCUACCAUUCCGACGAAUCGCGCAUCACAAGACGCAAACAUCAGCCGUGAACAGUCCAGGAUCAUGUCCUCAUCUGAGCUAAAGGAAGCAGCUCUUGCCAAAGAGAAGCAAGAAAAGGUCGAACUUGAAGCUAGAUACGAUUACGAUUUCGACAUCGUCGAUUCUACAGGAAAGAAGCGCUGGUUUAUCACGUGGGAGUCGAAGAAGACCCCACCAGAAAAGGUUUACAUGCUCAAGGACUCAAUUCCUUAUGAUCGUCGCCUGUUCGUUGAGUGGGACAAGUUGUCCAUGGAAAACAGGAGAGCUUAUGAUGAUAGCUUCAAAAGCUAUCUUGACGCCAAGAUGCCGGGCUUCACUUUGAAGCUGAAGAAGAAGUAG